AUGGCGAGGGGGACGACGGCCUCUUCUCUGGACGCGACGCGGCUGGAGGAAUCAGAGGAAGAGGCGCCUCCUGGCGACGCAGAAGGGGAAGAAGAUGCGUCUCUUCUCCUGACUUCUUUCCAGCAAGCAGAGGGAGCCGCGGAGGACGGGAGAGCAGGCCUCUCGCAAGCCGAAAACACAAGAAAUGUCCAGAAGAAGAACGCCUCGUCAUCUUCCUCUUCUUCUUCCUCUGCGACUUCUUCGUCUCCUGAAGAUGCUAAAAACGCGGCAUCUGCCUCCAGUGCGGCAUUCUCUUCUUCUUUGGGAGCGUCAAAAGUCCGAAAUCUGCCGCUGGUGAGGAGGUCUGAGGUCGGCGGCGAGUCAUCAUGUUUCAUAUCUGUUUUUCUUUCCUCGCUGGAUCUCCUAUGUCCUUCCUCGACCUCUCUGGUGUCUCCCUUCGCGUAUGCGUCUCUUGUGGCACCCUACCGCGCCUCCCCGGUUUCUGCUUGUUUUCUUCUCUCUCAAGUUGCCUCUCUCCCUCCUCCUGCUCUCUGUCUUUCCUCGCGGCCAGCCGCUCGUCCAGAUCCCAGAGGCAAGUCUCCGUCGCUCCUGAUCGCCGCCGUCCCCGCCUACCUCCUCGCCCUCCGUCAACUGCAACGUCUCCUCGCUCUGCCUCUUCUGGACUUCUCUUCUUCCUCUGGUUCGUCCGUCCAGGCGUCUCCGUCUGCUUAUGCUUCUCCGGCGGUCUGUUCUCUGAACUGGAGACGCGCCUUUCGCCGCUUAGUUCUUCCAGACCGGGAGCGUGAGGCUUCUCUGGGAGAGAUUGGCUGCUCCGAUCUCCUUUCUCUGCCUCUCCGGCCUUGGCAGACAGAGUGGAGACGCGCGCGCUACGCAGCCUGUGUCUCAGCCUACGCUGUUUUUCGGGAGCUCGCUGCCGAGCGCGAGAGAGAGGCGCAGAGGAUUUCCGAGAGAGGCAGGGAAGAAGGUCGAGAGAGAGAGCGAAGAACUUCAGGAGCUGAGGAGACAGACCGAGGCGACGCGUUUCUGGGUGCUCUCUACGACGCCGCACUGCAUGCUCUCAGGGCGACGGACAGGCAAGCCGCAGAGGAGGGAGAAGCGGAACAGACCGACUCAGAAGAAUGGGGAGAAGACCUGACCUCCAUCCCGAUCGAAGAUGGCGUUGACUUCGAUGGCGAGGAGACGGGCCUUCCUCGAGACCCGACUCGCAGAGACACGGAACUCACUUCCCUACUUACGCUUCUCGAGGAAUUUCGAGAAACCGCACAGCGGCUCUCCAUUGCCUUCUGCAAAGCCAAGCGAAAGAAAAAGACACACCCGACGGAUCUGUCGUCUUCUCCUUCUUCUUCUUCCUCUUCUUCCUCUUCUUCCUCUCAUUCUUCUUCCUCUUCUUCCUCUUCCUCUUCUUCCUCUUCUUCUUCACCUUUUGUAUUGAUUUCCUCUCCACGAGAUUCUUCCUCUUCCUCGUCUGUUCCUUCUUCUGUUGUGCGUCGGAGCCCGGUGCUGUCAGUCUGCUCCUUUUCGCAGUCGCUGCUGUCCGCUGAGGAUCUCCUUGUUUCUCUAGGGUGUCAUGUAGGUCGGACGGGCGUCGGUUUUCUGGACUGCAUAACUGCGCUGCGCAGGGCGUCUGCCUCGAGUGCGUCUGCUGGUCUCCACGAAGGCGCAGAGGAGCUGAGGAGCGGCACAGCGAGAGGCGGCGCGCGAGAGGCAAAGCCUCGCUCCGUUUUGCCGCCGCCUGUGCCCUUCGGAUCUUUCGGCAGGAAGCAAAGGAUCUCGGAGGGAAGCGGGUGGGUGAAACCGUCGCCUCAAAGUCUCGCCGUCGUCGACUGGCAACUUCACCUGCCUCGAGGAGCUCUCGCUCGCGCUCUCCUCGCUUGUCCACGCUGCUCCAAAAAGCAGUCAACAAACGCAGGCAGCGAACUCAAAGGACUCAAAGGCGCAUGCAACGGGAACACCAGAGCGCCUGGCUGUGGAGAUCCGCCGCCGACUUGCUGUCUCUUUGGGCCAGCAGGGGCGGCGCUGUGGCGGUCCUCGGCGCCACAGGGAGGUGACCCGGAAGGACGAGAGAGCGAGAGCAGAGAAAAUGGAGAAGAACAAGGAGAAAAAGAACAAGGAGAAAAAGAACAAGGAGAAAAAGAACAAGGAGAGGAUGAGGAAGAAAGGGGGGAACGAGCAGAAGGAAAGAGUGGAGACGGGGGUGUGUCUGUGCGUCUUGUGUUGCACUUGGAUACGAACUCCUUGGAUUGGACUGCCUCGGAGGCGAGAGUGGAGGAAGAGGAAGAAGAGACGAUGCCUCUCCUGCAUGAGUUGGUGGGCGACCUUCUCCAGAGGGCGGUAUGGACGAUGAAGAAGAGCGAAGUCUCUGUCUUUUUCGUUCCUUUUCCAGGUCUCUUGGGCCUCGAGUCGGCUGGUCAACAGGGCAACUCUGCAGCCGCGUCUCUCUCGUCCUUUGCGCUCUCCUCAAAACUCUGCCAAGUGCAUGCGCCCGCCUGUGUCCCCCUCGUCUUUUCUCUCCGUCUCCUCGACUUCCAACCUCUCUUCCCCUCUCUCUCUUCUCUCUCUCCUUCGUUCUCGUCUUCUCGGAAGGAGGAGGGAGGGCGAGGCGACAGUGGGGAAGUGCAGCAGAUUGCGGGGCUUGUGUUGGAGGCGUCGCGACGAAGUCGAUCUCUUUUGCAGAUCGCGGAGGAGUUCCAGAGUUUCUGCUCCAUCAUUUUCCACCUUCUUCUCGAGCGCGACCCACGGGCGCCGCGCCUCCUCCUGUCUCUGAUUCUCUCUUCCCGCGGAGAGAGUUCGGAGACGCGGGUCCUCUCCGGGCUUCCUGCGGAGGACGAGAGAGAGAGCAGAGGUCCGCGCUCGGUGGUCCGAAGGAUCUUCCCCACUCGAGCCGAAGAGCGCCUCGUCUUGUCUCUGUUCGGCAGUGAACUCGAGAAAACGAAUCCUGAGAAAAACACACGAACGCAUGCAGCGCCUUCCCCACCCGACUUCGUACAAACCCCACCGCCAUCGCCGGCCUCGCAAAAGCGGUCUCGCUGGUGGCACCCUGGCGCUCUGCGCUCCGCUUCUCGGUCCCGACGGUUGCUGUCUCUCCUCUCGUCUUCUUCUGUCCCCAACGCUUCUCCUGCCUCUCCGGUUUUCUGUCGAGAAGACUCGCGCGAACUCGAGAAGGGCGCCUGCGCGCGGUUGGCUUCGAAGCAGUCAGUCGACGAAGGCUCUUCAGAGGUCGAGGCGCAUGCAGGCGCUGAGGAGACACUGCAGGACGCCUCGUCGCACCUCCGAGGCCGCGCGCAGACGAAGAAAUCGGCCGCGCCUUCGCCGCUUCUCCUUGGACAUUUAGAAACUGAGACGAGUGCAUGCGACGACAACUCUCUGCCUGCGACGCCCAGUCUCUGCGCCGCGUCUGCCUGCGAGAGUGAAGCGCGGAGGCAGCGCGAGAACAAGGCAAAGGCCGAGGGAGAUCGAGAGUCCAAGAGAAGAUUUGCCGGCCUUCGGACGACCAUCAAGUCGCCCCUCUGGCGACGCCGAGCGGGACCCCUUCCCAGUUCUCCAGGCUCUCAAGGACCUCAAACGUCGGGAGAGAAGCGAGGAGAAGAAGAAGAACAAGUUGGAGCUGAAGAAGCGGCACGAGGAGGUACGCCGCGUAGAACAACCAAAGAAGAUGUUUUCCGCGUCGAAGGCGACGUGGAGGAAGGGCAGUUCUUCUCUGUGCAUCGUCGCGGCGUCCCCGAGUUCGAGGCCGGUUCCUCCGCGGGUCUGUGGGGAGGGGCGAGGUCUGCUCUGCCCUCGCUGGCCGACUUGGCCAGCCUGCAAAAACAGCUGUACGCACACCAGGAGCUCGAGGUUCAGGGCAUCAGUGGCCGCAGAGAAACAGACAAAGAGGACGCAGAAAAACUCGCACGGAGUAUCGCCAGUGUGUUCGAGAAAGGCGUCGUGAUUCAGGGGGUGUACUUCCAGGUCAUUGAAUCUGAAGAGGUGUGGAGGCAUCUGCACCGAGAGCGCCAGGUGGCGCGCGCGGCGCUCUUUCGCUUUCAACAGUUUCCCUGUCCGCCUCUCUUUCUUCUUCUCGAAAUGUCUGCCCGGCGUCUCUUCGCCUCACCCGUCUCGGAGGUCGCGCUUCUGCCCUGUCUCCGUCGCAGCGGCGUCUCUUCUUCCUCAACAUAUGUGGAAUGUGAAGCGGCCCUCAUGCCCCACCCGCUGAGUCGCAUGGGCGCUCCAAAUCCUCGUCCUCGCAGAUCCUGCAGCGAGUUCCCGGCAAAAGAAGAACAAGAAAGAGAAGGAGAAGGAGGAGAAGGAGACGGCGACGAGGAAGACGUCUCUCUUCGUUUGCGUGUCUCUGGGGGCUGGAGUUUCUCGAAGGACCGACUCGGCGUACCGAGUUUGCCGUCGCUUUUCCCCUUGGUUUCUUCAUGCAUUCCUUCCUUCUCCGUGGCAGACACACUCAAAUCUUCUUCUCCGCGACGCUCUCUCUCGCGACGCCCGUUCUCCCGCGACGCGUCCGCUCCGCUGAAGGCAGAGGCGCCGCCGUUCCUCGUUGUGGACCCCGAGGCAGACAGCGAGCGACAGGUCGCGCAUGCGCGGAAAGUCGCCGUGGAGGCAUCCAAGGAAGAACGGCAAGGCCUGCUGCUCGCGUUCGCUUCCGAAGAGCUGCGGCCGGCCGUCGUCCAGUGGACUGUGGCAGGCGCGGUGGACUCGGAGGACAGAGAGGGGGGAGGAGGGGGCAGACGAGAGAAGAAAGAGAAGGAAAUGUCUCUUUUCCUCUCGAAGGAAGAGGAGACAGCGGCUCUGCAGGCCGCGUCGCAGGCUUUGGGCCUCUCUGGAAAUUGCCUCGUGCUCUCGCCCCUGACAGAGUCUUCUUCUCUCGAAACAUGCCGCCAAGCUGCUUCUUGGCUUCCGAGUUUCGCGCUCGCCGCUGCGGCGACAGACGCCUUCGCCUCCUCUGGGAGGACUCGACACCGUGGACAAGUGCUCAUGCAUGCAGAAGAGAGCGCGGGUGUCGCGAGGAGGGCCGCGAGAAGUUCAGCCGGAAAUCUGUGGAACGUCGCAGGGCAACUGUGUCGAGUGUGGGUCCUUUCCGCCAAGCGCGCAGCGGCCUCGGAGAGGAGAGAGGAGACUGCAGAACGCGAGGGGAAGCAAGGGAAAGACGUCUCGCCGGCAGACUCAAGUCCAGAGAACAGCAGGUCUCCGCUUUUUGGAUUGCUGCUUCUUCCUCUUCGUCUGGCUUCUUCGUGGAACGUGAGGCCGAGUGCCUUCGACUUUGACGCGCUGCCUCUCGCGGCUGCUGAGGAGACGCGCAGAGGUGGAAGAAGAGAAGACCGCUUUCCUUGGGUCGCGCCUUCCUCGACUCGCUGUGAGGCUGCAUCCUCAGAAGUCCGGGAGUUCGAAGGAGAACGGAACUCUGCGAAGAGGGAGGGGACGCAGCCUCUGGGCGGCGCAGGCGGGGCCUCCGAAGCCUCUCUCGGGGCGAGACCUUCUUUCUGUCUCGUCGGAAAUGCCAGCUGUCUCCGCGGAGAUACGUCGCGAUCCGUCAGGAAAGUGGGGUCUUUCCUCCUGAGUGAGGUGUCAGGACACCUGGGCCAUCCCCAGGGCCUGCGUGCGAUUCUCCACGCCAAGUUUCUCCCUGUGGGCCUUGCAGAGUGGCUUCUCCUCGCCGAUCUCUUUCUCGCUUUUCCAGAGAAUCGGUCGCAAAGCGUUCCAGAGCAAGGCCGAGAGAAGCGUUUGCGCGAGCAGAGGCGAAAAGGCAGGCAGAGUAGCGGACCAGGACGCGCCGGAGACGCAGCAGAGACACGGAGAAGUCCAGGAGAAGACGGUGCUGAAGGAGAUAAAGAAACCGAGGACAAGGAGCAGGAGGGAGGAGAAGGAGAGGAAGACGAAAGAGAGAAGGAAGAGAACGAGAAAGAGGAGUUUCGAUGCUUUGUUAGGAGGAGAGAAGGUCGCGCUCGGGAGAUGUUUGCCUUGAUUGCUGCAGAUCUUCUCGGAUCCGCGGUGAAGCGGGCACUUCGUCAUUUGUCUCCGAGUUUUUCUGCGUUUUCUGCCCUUGUCGGUGCAGCAACAGGCUGGCUGUUCUCCGGGCACAGGGACGCAGCUGCAUCUUCUUCCGCUGUCCAGGCUGGGGUGUCUCUAUCUCUCGCCUUCCAGUUCCUUCGAGUGACGGCUCUGUUUCCUUCUCUUCGAGGACGGUUCUCUCCUCUCCUUCCUCUCGCCGCCUCUCAAUCGUCUCCUGUGUUUCUGCGUCGUUCCCUCGCCUAUCACCUUGGCUUGUCCAUCCCCGCCUUCACAGAUCCCCCAACAUCUUCGUCUCUCUCUUCUCUCUCUUCUUCCCUUGCUUCUUCUGGGUACGGCGCGGCGCGAAAGAGGAGAAUCUGGAGUCACCUGGAGGGACGCGGGGGCGAGAACGUCCAGUGGCGGUGCGCGCGUCUCUCGCAGAUCCUUCGGGGGGGAGACUGGUCGGAGACACAGAAGGCCAGCGAGAACAAGAGGGGCCUGGAGACGCCGCAGGAGACAGUGUGGGGUGUCGCUGGGGAGACGCCCCUCGGAGCAGAGGUCCCGGCACCGAAAGAACAGCGCGUCUGGGUGCGAAUGCGUCUGAAAUCCGUAUUGGAGGCGGAAGAUGUCGCAUGUCUGUCUUUGUCUCUCGGUCAGCUUCCUCUGGACACUCUCUCGUCUUCUUCUGAGGCGCAGGACUGGCCUGGGCGCGAAGGGAUUGGUGGUGGAAGCAGAGAUGACGCAGCGAAAGAGCGACAGAAGAGGCCUUCGCACAAGUUUCAAGUGCCUUCUCUCCUCUCUCUCCUGCAGCACGACGUAGCGUUGGCUGCUUCCUGUACUGAGCUGGCUGUUCCUUCUUCCUCGACGUUCGCUGCCUUCCUUGCGAGGCAUCCUCCCUCUUCGCGGGUGUGUUUGCGAGCUUCCCGAGUCUCUCGAGAGACGCGGAAAAGACAAAAAAGUUUGGUGGAAGCUCGAGAUCACUCGAGUGAACGUCGCGAAGACGUCCGAGAGGCUUCAGAGGAUUCGGAGAGCAUACAGAUCCCGAUCCUCAGAAGAGCCGCCGCGGACGCUCUGCCUCGUCGUCUGCGGGCAGCCGCCGUUAGCCAGGUGCUGCUACGGUCUCUGUUGGGAGAGGAGAGAAGACAGGGAGGAGCCGCGGAAGUAAACGAGCAGACCGAGUGGAAAGGAGAGAAGAAAAGUGGAAGUUCUACGCGCGUCGUCAAGCUCGGCGCCACACCUGGGGGACUGGCCGACCUCGCAGAUCGACACCUCCUCCACUUCCUCUUGCAUGCAGUCGUUGAAUUUGAUUGCUGGCGUGGAUUCACGUUCGAAAAAGAGGGGGGAAACUCUUUAGAAGACUCUUGUCCUUCUUCGUCUUCUUCAUCCUCUUCUGAGAAGAGCGACGCGCCUUUGCGGGGAACGGAGAAGAGGCGACAGGAGCUGGUAUUUGUUUCCUUGGUUGCGAGUGUGGAGAAUCUCCAGGUGUCUGUACACCACAGUUUGGAGCUGCAGAUUGUCUUGCUUCUCGUCCAGGGUCUGAAUCGUCUGCAACGAGGCUUCCUCGCGUCGUCGCGGCUGCGUCUGAUGAAGGCGGCGGAUUUGUUCGAGAGUUUGUGGGGUCCUGUCUCUUGGGAGGGUCUUCUCUCGGAUUCUGCGAGUCUCCCCGUCUCCUCAGACGCGAAGAUGCCGGCGAGAAAAGAAACGCAGACGCGUUUUUCGAGUGCACAUCCGCUGAUGCUCUUCCCCGUCUGGCUGUUGCUGCUUCUAUCCUACUGCGGCGCUGUCUCCUCGACAGUCUCGUCCUCUGUCGCGUCGAUGGAGUCUCCGAGUCAGGAAGAGAAGAGCAAGAGCGGGGGGGGGAUCUCUUCUCCGUCCUUUUUGCUCUCGCUACCUCGGGGGGUUCCUCAAGGCGACUUUUUGACUGCAUGUGUUGCGGUGUACGCGGACCUUCUGCGGCUCCUGCGUCUUCGCUGUCCAGCCUUUCCUUUGCCGGCGGGGCCUCCCCACCUGCUUCCUUCUUCUCUUCUCUUCUCGCCGCAUCUGACCAUCGAUCGCCGGUGUCUCGUGUCUCCUCCGUUUCCUUCUGCGCCAGAGAGACUGCGUCCGGUGACGAACAUUUUCUCGGAUGAAAACGCAGCAGAGCGAAAUCCACUCGAGUCUCUCUCCGGCCUCUCUGCUGCUCCCCACGCGUCUCAGAUGCCUCAGGGUGUGCCCUCAGAGGCCUUUCGGUUCUUCGGGUGUACGUACACCCCAAAGUUCCCGCGCAAGGAGCAUUGUCGGAUGCCAGUUGAGGCGGUUCUUUCGGCGCAGCAGAUCGCGGCGAUUCUCUGUUUCAACUUGCGCCGCUGUCAGCCGCACCUCUCGCGUUGGUUAGCCUCCGUCUCUCUCUUUUCUCCGCGAGGGGACUUUGCAGUCUCCUCCGCAACGGAGGUGGGUUGCAGCUUCCUAGCGGCUCUCCUGGCUUCACCCGCGCCGCCGCCUUCGCCCUCUCUGUUCGAAUCCUCCCGCGCUGUCUCUCCUCGCAAAACCCAGUCUGUCUGCAUGCGCCGGUCAACUCCGAGGUGUCUGCUCCCCGCCGUCUUCUUGACUGCGAGUGCGCCGGAUUCGGAGGCCGCUUCGCUCUUCUCUGGGGGGUCAGAGGACGCGCGGACGCGCAGAGACAGCGCGGUCUCUCAGCUUCGCGACCUCCGGUUUCUGGACGAUAACGAAGGACACUUGGAGAGAUGGUGGCGAACGCAGAAGCGCCCGAGAGUCUUCGCAUGCGGCAGCAACGAGCGAGGCGCUCUGGGCGUCGGAAGGCCCGCCUUCUUCCCCUUUGACCCUGUCCUCGGGGAGAAAGAAAACGAGGAGCAAGUCCGUCGCGGCACAGACGUCUGGUGGACUCCACAGCCUCAGCGAAUCUGCGCGCUGCCUCCGGACGUCACCAGUGUGGCAGGAGGCGCGGCGCACUGUGUCGCCCUCACGUCCUCUGGGUGUCUGUACACCUGGGGGGCGAACGAAGCGGGUCAGUGUGGAGUUUCUUCGCCUUCUCAAAAGACCCGCAGGUCGCGGCGUCACUCUUCAGAUGUUCGCGGGCAAUGCCUGGCUGCGAGCGCCGCCUUCUCCUGGAUUUCUUUUUCCGACAUUUCUCUUCCGCUCAAGACUCCAGAGGAAGAAGCGGAGGGAGUUGAAGGAAUCGAAGAAGGGGAGUUGGACGCCUUCCUGAGUUUGCCAGUGCGUCUGGAUGUCUUCGAAGAAAGCGAGACUGAGUGUCUGCCUUCCGAAAAGUUCAGAGAUGUCGUUUCAGCAUCCACCUUGAGUUUGUCGAAACCUUUCUCUCCCAAAGUCACCUUCUCCCUCGUCGCGUGUGGCGCAGAUUUCAGCGCCGCGGCGAGCGCCGCCGGGUGUCUGUACACCUGGGGCUCGAACACCUGCGGCGUCUUGGGGCUUGGAGACACGCGCCCGCGGGCCGUCCCUUCGCUCGUCUCGCCGGAGAUGUUCCGCUCCGUUGCUGCACUGCAUGCGUCUCCAGAAGGCGCGCAUGCACCCCCAAGCGCUCCCAGAGUGACGGCGCUUGCCUGCGGGAACAGCCACAUGGGCGUCCUCCUCGAAGGGGGCGCUCUGUACAUGUGGGGAAGCAACUGGUACACCGAGUGUGGGUACUGCUCCCUCCUGGAAGAGAAAGCUGUGCGGGCAGAAGGCGUCGGAGGAGAGGACGAAGGCGAAGAAGACGACAAGGAAGGCCGAGAAGAAGGUUCGGGAGAAGAUCUUCUCUACCCCCGAGAAAUUUGUGUCUUCGAACUUGCCCCUUUGAGACGCGACCAUCACCAUGUCUACGAAGCCGUCAUGCAUUGGAUGUUCAUCAACUCGAAUGAGGAGAACCAAACAGGCUGGUCUGCCGCCGCUUCUUCGGUGUGUUCUGCGUCUCCAGCCGGGGGGUCUGGACUGGAAGAGGCGUCCUCGUGGGUGCAGGCCGGCGCUCGCGUUGCGCGGACUCGGUUGGGAGUGAAGAUGAAUGUCUGCCAGACGAAGAAGAGUUUCUCCGUUGUCCUGACUCCCGCGCUUCUUCCAGACUUGUUGAGGUCCGUCGUCGCGUACACGAAAGACGCUGCGUCGGCGCAGAAGCUGCUGAACUACCGCCUGCGCUUCUCGCUUCUCUCUUGCGGCAGUGUACAUACACUGGCCCUCGGGGACACGAAAGCGUCGGCAGAGGUCGCGGGAGGCGGAGAAAGGGACAGGCGGUCGCUGCAGCAGGGGCGGCAGGUCGAAGAGACUCUGUGCGAAGCGGGAGCGGAGAGAGACGAGCACGAGGGCCAUGGGGAGUCGCAGAGGCACAGCGACGCAGGAGAGACGCUCGAGAAAAAGCGACAAAAGACGCGGGAGGAAACCGUCCACACAGGCUUUCUUUACUCGUGGGGUCGAGACUCUGGCAACUGUCUCGGCCUCGGGCGACCCCCUGGUGCUUCCUCGAACGCGUAUCCCUCUCGGAUUCCUACGCUCUUCUUCAGAGUCGAAAGGAGAGAAGAGCGAGGAGUGGAAAGACAGGGAGAAGAGAACGGAGAGCGACAGGAAGCGCAAGGACACUGCGAGCCUCUUGCCUUCAGGCGAAUCGCGGCAGGCGGCACAGCGAGUGGCGCCAUCGACGACAAGCACCGCCUCUGGCUGUGGGGAGACGUCAGUGGCAUUUGUCCAGACUUUUUUCCGCCGCCGCACCGCCCGGAGUGUCUGUCGCCGUCGUUGUUCGAGGUGGAUUCUCGUCUCUUGAGUCGUUCGCGACAAGAGAGCGUCUUUGACGUUUCUCUGUGUUCGAGCGAAAAGGCGCCCUUGGAAGUCGCCCUGUUGCACUUCCCAGUAGAGGGAACGCGCCUUCUUCUGGCGCCGCUCGCGGGGGGCCUCGUGGCCCUCGGGGACGGCUGUGGGGUGCAGGGCCUGCACCAGGCUGUCUCCGCGGCGCGAAGUGUCUCCGCGCUGCGCCAGCACCUCGCAGUCGACGAGUGGGAGGAACAUUGCAGGCGACUGAAGGCGGGGAAGCGGCCCGAGAGAGAAGAGAGACAAGAAGAGGAACGAACCGGGAAGGGCAAGGGACGCGAAAAACGCGAACAAGGAGAGCGAGAAGAGAAGGCGAGGGACGAGGAGCGCCUUGAGGCCUUGCGGGUGCCGGGCGCCGCGACAGUCACGCCGCGGUUUUGGGUCGACAAAAGUCGCAUGGAGCGACUUCGCGGAAUCCAUCACCUCGUGCUACCAGCAGGAGGGCGCGUAGACCAGGUCGCAGGAGGCACCGACUUCAUUGUCAUCUUGAGUUCGCCGUCGCAGCCUGGCUACUCGCUUUCUUCUUCCCUCUGUCUGCCGCUUCUUCUCUCUCCUCCCAGAGCCCUCCAGAGCAGUGGCGAAGUCGCAUCUCGAUCCGGAUCGACCUCGCCGAGUGUGGCGGCGCCGCUCGCGUACGGCUCCAACGUUGGCCUCCAGUCUCCGCGGGCGCUGCCUGUCCGCGUGGAAAGGACUACGGCCGCGGACGCCGCGUCGGGUGCCCCCUCCACCUCUUCCUUCGGACCUGUUGCCUCCACGGCUCUGUCUGCCUUCAUCAGCAAACUACGCGUUUCACCUGUCGCCUCCCCACUCGCGCGCGACGACUCAGACGUCAAGCCCGCGUCUCCGGGCCUGUCUCUUCCAGGCCUCUUCGGCGGCUUCUCUCUCUCGACACUCGUUGUCCCUCGGCCUGCGGUCCCCGCCUCGGCGCCAGAGGCGAGAGAGAAGCGAGAGACGAAAGCCGCGGAAGAGAGAGAGACAGAAACAGCGAGAGACACACACACGGGGACAGAAGCAGAGAGGACGACACUGUCUCGUCGUUGCUCUGUAGAGUCGAAGGCGCUCAUCUUCAGCGGAGAGAAGCGAGGAAGCGAGAGAGAAGUACCCCCGGGCGGCCCGGAAGGCGCCGGAGGCGUGGAGCCAAAGGAGACAGGAGGAACGCAUGCAAGCGUCUCGCCGCGAAACGACAGAAUGGUGGCUCUUCUGGAAGGUCUAGACAAGGGCUCUGGGCGGCUUUUCACUCUGGUCAACAAGGUGCUGCAGCUGCCAUUUUCGAUUCCAGAGGAGCGUCUCGAUUUCCAUGAGUCUCAGCAAGCUAGCGACCUGCAGGUCUCUCGAUCCGUCUCUUCUCCGCGUUGCGCUUCCUCCUCUUCGCCUUUCGCUUCCUCUUCUUCGCCUUUCGCGUCCUCGAUGCAAUGUCGACCGUCAGGAGUCACUGGCGCCGCACUGUUCGCUUCGGAGACAGGAGCGCAUGCAGCCGCGGGUCAGCGGGCGUCUCUUCUCCCUAAGACGCUCCGGCCGGCGAGUUGGACCACUCUGGAGUCCACGGCUUUCUCUUCUGUCUCGUCGACAGCUUCAGCCUCCAGAGCAGAAAGCGCAGCCGAAGGAGCGGCCUCCGGGUCGUGGGCAGGUGUGAACUCAAGACCAGAACCGAGGACUCCGAGCAUGAAUUCGAGACACUCUUCGCUCUCUCACAUCUCCUGGGAACUCGCUCCCGAAGGCGCCAGUCGAAAGAGCUCGAUAGAAAGUGACAAUAGAGGUGCACAAGUGUUCGACAGCAGAGAUGAGGGUUUCUCGUUUUCGGAUGUCUCUGCAGGUCGCUCUUCGUCGAGUGUCUCUGCAGGAUUCGCUUCGCGAUUUUCCGAGGGCAGGCGCGACCAGGCUGUCUCUUUCGUUUCGACUGCGUUUCCUCCUGCGAAACAGACAGAGCGGAGGGAAGAAGAGUGGAGAAAGGAGGAGGAAGGAGGGCAGGGACGGCGGAGGCAGUUGUGGGUGGCCCAGGAACCUCUGAGGUCUGCAUGGGUGAGGCCUGCCUCGUUUUCCUCGUCUCUCGUGCCCCAGAAGAACGCCGGACGCGUUUCAGGCACCUCUUCUUUCUCAACGAACGUUUCUGCACAGCUGGCUGGCCACAGAGGCUUCGCGUUCGAACCUGCAGAGUCAACAAGCCCUGCGGCAGGGACGCCUGCGCCGGCGGCCAGUUUCGUCUUCUCUUCUUCUCGUCCGCCGUCUGCCUCAUCCCUGGUGGGCUGCGGCGAAGCGAAGAGAAACCAGUCCGAGGUUUCCUCUCAGGAGACACUCUGGAGAAACGCUGGCGUCGAGCCUGGUCUGGCCUUCAGAGAGUCGUGCCUCGUCCAAGUCCACCCCGCCGAAGUGUACAGACACCUCGAGCCGAGUCGGCAGGGCGACAGCCAGCGGGCGCCCGCGAGCACCGCAAAAACGAGUUCCGAGUUUCUGGAACCUUGGAGACGCGUUGUACACACAGCAGGCUCCUUCGCGUCGGUCCACUCGCAGGAGCGACGCGGCAUCUCAGAUCCGUUUGUGGCUGCUUCGGGUGUACGUACACUCAGUGGAGUGGAUGCCGCGCGUGCACUUCCGCGCGUGGCGAUGCCUGAAGGCGGUUUUGCUGGAGACGCGUCUCUGCAUGCAGGGACGCUUCGCGGAGAGAGUCCAGCACUGCAGCUGCAGGCAGGAGGUUUUUCCGGAUGGUACGCAGGAGGUUUCCCCGAGUUGCAUGCAGGGCCCCGAGUGUGGCCGAGCUUCUCUGGAGGCGCAGAGUCCGCUCUCAGAGGCGUCAGUGAACCUACGCCGCAUCUGGCGUACUUCACCGUCUCUGACGCCUGUGGAACAAACGCGGCAUGGGCAGGGAGAACGGGAGAGGGGCAGUUCGCGCAUGCAGAGAUCCCGAAUUUCCGCGCGACGUCUUCCGACGGUCCCGUUCCCAGUAGGCGACCUGCCUCCUACCUGAGUGCCGCGUUUUCUGGAGAGAACGUGUCUCCCUCGAUGCUCGACAAGAAGCGGCGCAUGCAGUCUGUUCAGUCCUUUGCGUCUCGUGCUUCUCUCCGGCCUCCGUCGUCUUCGAAGGCUGGUUUGGGAGAACGAGAGACCAGACGGAGAGACGCAGCAGAGGGAGAAGAAGAGACGCAUGUCGGUCUAGCUGCUUCUUUGAGGAGAGACGCAGACCGCAGGGGAGACAAAAAAACACGCGAGAGAGAGGGCAGAGGCGGCGACCCGACGGAGGCGCGGAAGUCGCUGCAGAAGGGAAGCAAACAGAACCUUCAGGUCGUUCCUCUGCGAGAGAGACUCGCCAAGGACCGGACUGGCGGCGCCGUGGAGACACGCAGGCGCGGCUCUGUCUCCGCGCCGGCGGCUGCGCCCGAGGAGACAGGAGGAGACAGCAGCCAUUCGCUGUCGAGAGAAGAGCGAGGAGACAGGGGAGACGGCGGCCAGCCCACGGCAGGCAGAGAGAAAGUCAGGGAGGAGCCAAGAAACAGGGGAGGACGCUGGCGACAGCGGAGCUCGGGAAGCGGUCGUGAAGAGGUGACGACGGAGGCAGGACAGAGAGAAGGAAGAAGCGCGCGAGAGAGAAGAAGACGCGAGGGGGAAGACGCCCACUCGGACCGAGAGAGGACAGAGAGACUGUCUCCUCGGCGUUCGGACACACGGGGAGAAGAAGGCGAUGCCGAAGAAGAGGAAAGAGUCACUCGCCGAAGACGCACGGUCAUUCGCGAGGCGACAAAGACCGCCAAAGAAGGUUUUCUUCUCUCCAGAGACUCCUUGAUUUCCAAAGUCACAGACAGCGGCUAUGAGGUCUCGCCUGGCACAACAUGCACUCCUCUGACUGUCGAAAAGGAGUUUAUGGGCGGCGUCAUCAGCCUCAGCGCGGGGGCCUCGUUUGGUCCUGUGAAUACUCAAGAGGGUUUGACGCGGCUGUUCGUCUUGGCUUGCGAAGACGGAAGCCUCCAGUUUGAAUCGGGGUUGAAAGGCUCAUGCGCCCGAGUCUCUCAGUACACCGAACUUCUUGUCGCGCCUUUCAGUGCCUAUGCUCUGACGAAUCGCAGUAAAACCAAGCCGGCGCGGCUCCUGUUGAUGUCCAACGGCGUCGAAGAGGCAGAAUUCCAGCCUUCUCACUUGUUGACAGAAGUCAGUCCAGAGUGACUUUCAGCGGAGUUCUGAAGAAAAAGAUGUCUUCCGGCUAUUCCGCGUUCGGUGGCUUGUUUCUGACACAUGGCACCUUUGUCUGUUCAAUAGACACUUUAAAAAGGCACCCCUGCUGCUGCCUUGAAACCCAUGAGUAGCUCUGGAACGGAACGGAGACACGAACAUCUCAAGCGUCUGCGCGCCUUCGUUGUCGAAACGCUUCUUCAACCCUGAGAUUCAGACAUACUCGAUAGUGUGGGAACACGCAUAAAGUGUAGACAGGUAUUCGCUUUCCGUUGACACGGGAGUGUACCGCUGCAUGUAGACCUUUGGGGGUCCAUGCGCUUCGCUCUGCUCCGGUUUGCUUUUGUCCAAGUUGCGGGGCGGAGAGUUUCUAACGUCGCGGUGGGCCUACGGGCGUGUGUGGCGGUGCUUGCAUGGGCAGAGUGGAUUUUUGUGCGCAAUAAAGCGUGGACCAAGCGACUUCCUGCAAAGGCGCAGCGCCGUUGGUUGAGGAAGUGGCGCUGCCUUUCGUCGCCUUUGUCCUCGUGGCUCAACGUUGAGCAGCCAGAAUGCCGACAGCCGCAGAG